UCCGGGUAGCCGGCUCGGGCGGCAGGCGGGGGGUGACGAGCGCCCCCUGGCCGGAGCCACCCCGCCAGCGCUCGCCGGUGUCCUCGCCAGCAACCUGGACCCAGCGGCCGGCGUCCCCGCCGCCGCCCGGACCCGGCGCCCACCUCCAGGAAGCAGCCAUGUCACCAUUUCUUCGAAUUGGUUUGUCCAACUUUGACUGCGGGUCCUGCCAGCCGUGUCAGGGAGAGGCUGUUAACCCUUACUGCGCUGUGCUGGUCAAAGAAUAUGUGGAGUCGGAAAAUGGGCAGAUGUAUAUCCAGAAAAAGCCAACCAUGUACCCGCCCUGGGACAGCACUUUCGACGCCCACAUCAACAAGGGAAGGGUAAUGCAGAUCAUUGUGAAGGGCAAGAAUGUGGACCUGAUUUCCGAAACUACAGUGGAGCUCUACUCCCUGGCUGAGAGAUGUAGGAAGAACAAUGGGAAGACAGAAAUAUGGUUAGAGCUGAAACCUCAAGGCCGAAUGCUAAUGAAUGCAAGAUACUUUCUGGAAAUGAGCGACACAAAGGACAUGAGUGAAUUUGAGACCGAGAGCUUCUUUGCUUUGCAUCACCGCCGAGGAGCCAUCAAACAGGCCAAGGUCCACCAUGUCAAGUGCCAUGAGUUCACCGCCACCUUUUUCCCACAGCCCACGUUUUGCUCUGUCUGCCAUGAGUUUGUCUGGGGUCUGAACAAGCAGGGCUACCAGUGUCGACAAUGUAAUGCGGCAAUUCACAAGAAGUGUAUUGAUAAAGUUAUAGCGAAGUGCACAGGAUCAGCUAUCAAUAGCCGAGAAACCAUGUUCCACAAAGAGAGGUUCAAAAUUGACAUGCCGCACAGAUUCAAAGUCUACAAUUACAAAAGCCCGACCUUCUGCGAGCACUGCGGGACCCUGCUGUGGGGGCUGGCCAGGCAAGGCCUCAAGUGUGAGGCAUGUGGCAUGAACAUCCAUCACAAAUGCCAGACAAAGGUGGCCAACCUUUGUGGCAUAAACCAGAAGCUAAUGGCUGAAGCACUGGCAAUGAUCGAGAGCACUCAGCAGGCUCGCUGCUUAAGAGAUACGGAACACAUCUUCAGGGAAGGCCCAGUGGAAAUUGGUCUCCCAUGCUCCAUGAAGGGUGAAGCACAGCUGCCAUAUAUACCAGCACCGGGGAAAAGAGAGCCUCAGGGAAUCUCCUGGGAGUGUCCCUCGGAUGAGACGGAGAAAGUGUGCCAUCAUCCAGAACCUGAACUGAAUGUAGAAAAACCAUCUCUACAUAUGAAAUUAAAAAUCGAGGAUUUUAUCUUGCACAAAAUGUUGGGGAAGGGAAGUUUUGGCAAGGUCUUCCUAGCAGAGUUCAAGAAAACCAAUCAAUUUUUCGCAAUAAAGGCCUUAAAGAAAGAUGUCGUUUUAAUGGAUGACGAUGUUGAGUGCACCAUGGUGGAGAAGAGGGUUCUCUCCUUGGCCUGGGAGCAUCCUUUCUUGACGCACAUGUUCUGUACAUUCCAGACCAAGGAAAACCUCUUUUUUGUGAUGGAGUAUCUCAAUGGAGGAGACUUAAUGUACCACAUCCAGGCCUGCCACAAGUUUGAUCUCUCCAGAGCAACGUUUUAUGCUGCUGAAAUCAUUCUUGGUCUGCAGUUCCUACAUUCCAAAGGAAUUGUCUACAGGGACCUGAAGCUAGAUAAUAUCCUGUUAGACAAAGAUGGACAUAUCAAAAUAGCAGACUUUGGAAUGUGCAAGGAGAACAUGCUCGGAGACACCAAGACAAACACUUUCUGCGGGACACCUGAUUACAUUGCCCCGGAGAUCUUGCUGGGUCAGAAAUACAACCACUCUGUUGACUGGUGGUCCUUCGGCGUCCUCCUCUAUGAAAUGCUAAUAGGUCAGUCGCCAUUCCACGGGCAAGAUGAGGAAGAGCUCUUCCACUCCAUACGCAUGGACAACCCCUUUUACCCACGAUGGCUUGAAAAGGAGGCUAAGGACCUUUUAGUGAAGCUCUUCGUGAGAGAACCGGAGAAGAGGCUGGGCGUGAAGGGAGACAUCCGCCAGCACCCUUUGUUUCAGGAGAUCAACUGGGAAGAGCUGGAAAGGAAGGAGAUUGAGCCGCCCUUCCGGCCCAAAGUGAAAUCACCAUAUGACUGCAGCAAUUUUGACAAAGAAUUCUUAAAUGAGAAACCCCGGCUGUCACUGGCUGACAGAGCACUGAUCAACAGUAUGGACCAGAAUAUGUUCAGAAACUUUUCCUUCAUUAACCCAGGGAUGGAGAGGCUCAUAUCCUGAUUCGCCUCCCCACACACACAAAGGAAUUUGCCUUCAGUGAACUGGUUCAAGCAACACUCCUUGGGUUCCUUUCCAACGUGGAAAAGAAAAGAAACACUCAACGGUAAAGGCUGAGGCCAGUUAGCUCCUCACUGACCUUGUAGCAGAAACCAAGUCUACUUCACUAACAACAGCCCCUGUGGGUCUCUCUCGUCAUCUCCCACAGCCGCUAGGAGUUUGGUCAAUAGUAACCAGAGUUAUUACUUGAAAGAUGAGUCUCCGCACUGUGAAAUAUUUGAGAACUUAGAAGCUCCCUAAAUGCUGGUCCUUCCCUCGGGCACCAACUGCUGAUUGAUGACAUACUAGACGACUCAAGGAGCAGAGCACAAACUUCUCAAGACUGAAACAGCACCUGCCUGGUUGGUAGUGAAUUUCAUUCAGCCACAGUCAAGUAACCACUAGUGCAUUUUAUUUCUGUUCACAUCUCUGGAAGUGCAAAUGGUCGGGGGGAGCCCUGAAUAGGUUUUUAUGGGGAUUCUUCACAAUAAACAUAACUUGUAACUUGCAGUACAAAUCCAUUCAUUCUGACAAGCCAUGAAAUUCACAGGAAAGAGGAAGAUGGCAAGUGGGAAGAGCCCAUGUUACUGAUACAGAAGGUGUAGUGGAACAUCUCUGGUUAUCUUGUCAACACAGAUAUUAGUGUCCAACAAAGAUAGAUUCAUUUCCCUCGUCCAACACCUUUCCAGCCAUCUAGUCUCAGUUGAUAUCAAUUAUCAGUAGUCGUCACUCAUGACCAUCUUCUCAUUAUAACAAGAGAAAAAAUGAAGUGUAAAGAAAGCCAGCCCCUUAUCAGACCUUUGGUGAUGAAGACUCACAAGGCUCUCUUUAGGUGAUUCAUUCAUCAAAUGACUCACGCAUGCUACUUGUAGCAGCCAGUCUUAUUUAAUUAGAAUUCCAGCUGUACCUUUUUAGGUAUCUGUGUGUCUGUUUUAUUUUGAUUAAGUGUUAUGACUUAAUGACAAAGAGGUGGAUAUGUAGAAAUGGAAUAAAAGGAAGAAAGAAA